CGCGCUCCCGGGGGUGACGUCACCUCCCAUAGCACCGACGGACAACACGCGGAUCCCUGUCUACGUGGCGGGGCGGAAGGAGCGCGUCUAGCGGAGAGAGUUGUCAGCAGCGAGACUAACCGAUGAACAUGUCUGACUCCAACCCUCCCAUAUUCCCCCCCGCUCCUCUCUCUGACCCCCCCCACACCGACGCCAACCCCCCAGGAGAAGACACACACACAGCUCUCCCGCCUCCCACACCCGUCCCCCAGCCCUCGUUGGCCACGGAGGGUUCCGAGGACUCUGAGCCAGCCAACCAGGUGGCAGGAGAGGACGUGACCAGGGACGACAGAGAUGAGGCUCCUAUUGACCAAUCAGGGGGCGGCGGCGUGGAGGAUCAGGUGACUGAAUGUGGCCAAUUGGUGAGCCUGGAGGCGGAGACCGCUGCUGCCGAGGGGGAGGAAGAGGACUCUCUUCAGGUCAAGGGGAAAGGUUGGGGUGGAUGGGGCUCCUGGGGGAAGUCUCUACUGACCAGUGCCACGUCUACUGUGGGUAACAGUCUAACUUCAGUAAAGGAGAAGGCCGGAGCUCUGCGUCUUCACAGGAACUCAGUAGGAGAGGAGGCGCGAGAGGAGGGAGAGGAGGAGAGGAAGGAGGGAGGAGAGGAGGAAGAGGAGGAUAGCUGUCCUCAGUCAGCCCUUGUCUCCACUCCACCACCAAGCAGAGGAGUACUGUCUACCAUCACACACGCUGGUAAAUCAGUGAUCAGUGGAGGUCUCGAUGCCUUAGAGUUCAUCGGUAAGAGAACCAUGACGGUCCUGGCAGAGACUGACCCUGGUUUCAGGAAGACCAAGAUACUAAUGCAGAGGACUGUCUCACUCAGCCAGAUGCUGAAGGAUGCCAAGGAGAAGGAGAGGGCUCGUCUCAGCUGCCAGCCAAUCAGUGAGCCCACAGCUCACUACGGAAUCCUGUUUGAUGACUACCAGGGCCUAUCACACCUAGAGGCUCUGGAGAUACUGGCCAAUGAGAGUGAGGCUAAGGUUCAGUCGUUCCUCUCCUCCCUGGAAGAGGAGGAUCAGGAGGAGAUAAAGAAAGAACUGAUCGCCAUCAAGGACAUCUUUGUCAGCCACACGGGAGAGGAGAAGGAGGAGGAGGGAGAGGAGAAGGAGGAGGGAGAGGAGACAGUGGAUAGGGGUGAUCUAAGUCCCCAGUGUUCUACUCCUCUGUCAACUGAUGGGGAGGAGUUUGUGAGCGUUCUGACUGAGUUGCUGUUUGAGCUUCACGUCGCUGCCACCCCAGACAAACUCAACAAGGCCAGGAUGAGAGCGCAUGAUUGGGUGAGAGAGGUGGAGAAACCUGUCGUCGUCACAGAAACCAUCGGGGGGGCGACGGAGGAGGAGCAAAGAGGAGAACCUGAAAUAAGAGAGGGAGAGGAAGAGAAGAAAGAGGGGGAGGAGCUAAAGGAGAAGAAAGAGGGGGAGGAGCUGGAGGAGAAGAAAGAGGAGGAGGAGCUAAAGGAGAAGAAAGAGGGGGAGGAGCUGGAGGAGAAGAAAGAGGGGGAGGAGCUAAAGGAGAAGAAAGAGGGGGAGGAGGUAAAGGAGAAUGAGGAAGAGAGACGAUCCAGGUCUGUAGAGGCAGUGUACCUCUGUUCAGUGGGCUCCCUGGCAGAGGUGACAGCCCGCAGUAUCGAACAGCUCCACAAGGUGGCAGAGUUGAUCCUCCACGGACAGGACCUGGAGAAACCUGCCAGAGACCAGGCUCACAUACUCACCAGGUUGACGUGUGCCAUGUGUCGGGAGGUGGGUUGUCUUGCCAGGAAGUUCUCUGGUACUCUGCUCACCGUUGGGGUUCAGAGAAAAGCAGAAGAGUUGAACCCUUUGGUAGACAGUGUGCUGCUUGAGGGUUCUAACAGCACCACAUACAUCCAGAACGCCUUCCAGCUCCUCCUCCCGGUUCUCCAGAUGUCACACAUCCAGACCCAGAGCUCUAGGACCCGCACGGAACCACAGCCCUAACCCUGUCGUAGCCACAGUAAAUACACCUCAUACUGCUGAAGUGCUGUUAGCAUACUAGCCAGUCCUAAUGAUGUAACUAUGUACAGGAAGAUAAUGUGAUAUAUAUAUAAAUAACAGCGAUACGGAAGUCAACUACUAGGUUGCCAUAGUAACAGACUGACUAGGAUAUCUUUAAACUAUUAGGUAAUGCAGUAACUUAGUAUAGUUUCAUGUAAGGGGAACAACUUCUCAGAUUGAAGAGCUUGUACUCAUGUCUAUUAAGCAUCUCCAAAUUGAUUAUUUUAUUAUAUAUACACAUAUAUAUUAAUCAUAUUUAUAUAUAUAUUACUGCUCAGAGGUAAAUCUAAACAUGAUUCAUGUCAACUGGCUAAGAUUAUGUCUUAUCGUUUUAAAAAGCGAAACCAAAAAAAUAGUUUGUUUUUAGUGUCACGUAAAACCAGAUCAGUGCAGUGUGUUGUUUAACAGUGGCGUCCCUGAAGCAUAUUAGGGUUCAGUGCUUUUCUCAAAAAGACACAUCGACAUAUUUUUCCAGUUGUUUGUUGCUUUGUCAGCUCAGGUGUUCGAACCAGAGACCUUUGGGUUCCUGGGCCCAAUGCGCUAACCGCUAGGCUACAUGCUGGUUCCUGGGCCCAACGCGCUAACCGCUAGGCUACAUGCCGCAGGUAUUGAUGUUCCCUGCUUAAUGAAGGGGUGUUUCUUUACAUCGCAGAACAACUGACCUUGUUUAAAUGGCAGAACAACAAACCUUGACAUUAACGGACAAAGACAAAAAAGGACCAGCACUAUAAUGCUCUAUAUUUCUAUUUCUGUGUGUUUAUUGUUUUUAGGUCCACUGGUUUAUUAAGUCGUUGUUGGAUCAUUUAUUAAUCUGCUGCUAUGGUAACGGAGAUGGAAUCUGACAACGGAACCUUUAAUCACAAAAUAAC